AUGCCUUUGCUUGCGGGGCCCUCGAGCUCGUCGCAAGAGGCGCUCCUCCGCCUCGAAAAAGGCAGUGCCUCCCCCAACACCCAAGUUCACGAAGCAGCCCGGAUUAUCGGUGUGGAUCUCAGUCUGUGUGAGAGUCAUCCUGAGACACACCGAGAUUCAGGAACACAGAAUAAAGCCACCCCAAAGGAAGAAUGGGUUCUUCGUUGGGUGUUGAAGAAACUGCGAAGUGGAAAAGCCUACCGCGUGGACCCAGCGUCAUUCCUCCUGCUUCAACAACUUGUUGACAAGAUUUCGCCCAAAAAUCUCGCGACUAUUCUGAAAGAUCAAAAGUUUCUCUCAACUCUAUGCGACACCGUGGCCGAUUUGGAGGCUGAUAUCUAUGCGACGUUGGGGAGCGGCAUAUCAAUCUCGAGUUUCGAUUCCGAUUCGAGUCACACACUAGCCAGUUCUCCUUCACAGGAAGAGCCCCGAGGAGUGCAAGGAACGAAACGGAAAAGAGAAGUUGGGAAUAAUGAUGUGGAUGCUAUGGAUAUUGAUGAAAAGCCGCAGAAUCUUGCAUCAUGCUUUAUCACAUUCAUUCGCGCCCUAGACUGCCUUUAUGGAGUGGUGGCAUUGGCUCAGCGAACCCUCAGCACCGAUGAAAUUGCCAACUCCCACCUUAAACUGGCAUUAAGAGGCGAACCAGAGGUUGUUGCACGCUUGUUAGGUCAGGCACUGCAGCUGGCCGCUGUGGCCGUAACCCAGUUCUCACACGCGGGUAAAACCACCGAUCUUCAGCAUCUACUGUUUGUGUUUCCGGCAAUGUUUGAAGUAUGGGAAUCACGAUCAUAUCGCCAAGACGAUACUAGCAACAACUCAAGUAAUGAUUGCUUCGCUAAAUCGUGCUUUUCCCAUGCACUUAGGCUUCAACUUUGCUUGAGGGCCAUCAAGCUAGAUACUGAUGAGAGAGCCCACCUUCUUCAUUCCAUCGAGCGCGUUAUUUCUCUUCAUGUACUACUCCCUGCGCGUGAGGCCUUCUUUGACCGUGGUGGAUCUGGUAUCGAUUAUUCGAAAGAGGAACCGGAUUGGAGCCCGGUUAAACCCGUUACAGAUAUGUUCAGACCAAUUAUUGGCGAGUUCUCUCCAGAGCAGAGUGCGCCUGAAACCCCCAAAAGUCGGUCUCUCCACCCCUCAUGGCGGUCAAUCGAGCUUCUACCUGAGCUAUUUGAUAACGCUGUCCGUGCCGUUCCAAGGGAUAAUUUCCGACGACAGACCCAUGAGGCCCCGUGGCUGGAAACAUUGUUUGUGGCUGUUGCGGAGUUGGCUUAUUCCACUGCGAAAGAAGAAGAGCCAACCACGUUUUCCUCUCAAUUUGUUUCGGUACUGGAACCACUUUUCCGGGUUGCUCUCGACCGAAACGUUGGUCUAUCUCUACACACGAUUCUUACCCAUGCCGGUUACACUGGUCUUCUCGAGCAAGGCCUAGAGCAGGUUCAAUGGAAUCUCACAGCCCUGGUGAUCAGUCUCGGCGUCGAUGUUUUCCUACCGAACUCGGGGUUACGCGAUACAGCGAAACUUCUGACUGCAUUACUUGAUAAAAUAAUGCUCCAAUGGCGCAGUGGAGCUACUACCAAGAUUGGGGACUACAAGGUCAUCAAAAAUGAUAUUGUAUUACCUCUUUUGCGUGGAUUUGCGACUGCUCGCGAUUUGCCAGUUUUCAUGGAUGUCUGGCAUGACCAACUCGUCAUUCUGGAGGAAGCUCGUUCCCGGAACACCAGCCUGCCGUUCUUCUCUGUCUGGGAAGACGAUGACCUGUGUGAUGCAUAUUCUGAGUUGACGCAAACGGCUCUGACUGGAACUACCAUUGAAAAACAUAUGCAAACCGCUGCAUCCGAGACAAGAGCUGAGAAUGGCAAGAUUUCCGAGUCCUCCCUAUCUUAUGCUCGUUUUGUCCUCAUGGAAUCUAGCUUUCGGGGCAGAGAAUUGACAUUUCCUAACUCCGAGAAAAUACUCGGCUAUGUUUUGGAGACGCUUACCUCCACACUAUCCUCAAAGCAAUCUCUGCACUGGCGCUGGCGCUUGUGGCGUUUUGUUCGGAAUCUUCUCCAGCACAGCCUCCUGCCUGCUGAUAGCAACCUGUUUCAGGCGAUCAGGCACCUGCUCAGCAUUUCGGCAAAAACAAUUCACCGCAAUCACAAGAAUCUGUCAAAGGUGCCUCUCGCUUCGCUGGAAUCAUGGGAGGCUUACCGAUUUGCUCUGAUGGUUGUCAAAGACAAGCCCUCUAGUGACCAACUUGCAGCAUUUGACAAAAUCUCCAAGGAUGUCACGGAUUUCGUUGUUUCCAUAUCCUCUGGUGAGGCUCAGAAGUCAUUGAAAUCUCCUUGGGAUGGCCGUAUAGAAACACUGGAUUCAUCAAUCACUUUAGCCCUGGCUUAUGUCCUCGCGCUGAUAAGAGAACCCGAGGUCUGGGAGCGCGUUGGAUCCGAUGAUCGGACCCGUCUACUCGGUCACAUUUUGUCUCUAGCUGCCGUUCAAUACUGCGAUUCGUCACUACCUCUCGAAGCUGUGGCUGAUGAAGCAAGGUUCCUUCAAGCCUGGGCGAGCAUUUUAUGCCACGAGUACCUGCUCAAUGCCCCUUUUAUUGUGCCGGAUUUGGCUCUUCUGCUCACCAAGAGCAUCCAAGAUGACACUUCUAAUCGGCGCCUUUAUGUGGAGAGCAUGCAGAGAAUUCCAGCGGCUUUGAUAACCCGAGGUCUCAGAACCUCUAUUUUGGACAAGAUGCACGAUGUCAUUGUCCAGCAAGAUAAUGUACCUGAAGUGACGGUUGGCAUCCUCACCAUGAUGGCCAAGCUAGCUGCGAUGCCAAAGUGUGACUCUGUCCUCACUAGUGGAUGGGAACCAAUCUGGACUGCGGCUCGCGCUAUCAACUUGGAGGGCACUGACGUUGAUCUCCAAAUUAUGAAGUCAUUCCGAAGCUUGCAUCGUGCGAUCAUCACCAAGCUACUUCUUCUUUCGGAGAAUGACCGAAUUGAGUUAUUCAAGAAGCUUUUUGGGCGAGUCUCCAAGCAGGCUUCCAAACUCCGACAAAUCGACCGUGACUCAAUGGCUUGUUUCCUUUUACGUCUGUCUUUGUCGGAACUCUGGGUCCACCGUAAGCCAUUGCUCGAGUCAUAUUCCGAGGAUGAGCUAGCUGCCUGUCGCCAACGGGUGUUUGGUUUGGUAUUAGCAGAUAUGAAGGCUGUCAAGGAGCAGUGUCGAAAGCAUAAGAUGGAGGAAACCAUCACACUCAUCAAGACCAUCGACGCUUUGGAGGACUUUGAGGACUUGGUCCAAAAUAAUAUCGAGGUGGAAAAGUUUCUGUCCAAGAUUGAGCGCUACAUGGAGAUGUCUGUCGAUUCGGAACCCUCUCGGUUCAUUCGUCGCCGUCUUCUCGCUACCAAAGACACCAAGAAGAACGUCACUGAGCCAAUUUUACGAUGCGCAGAGACUCUCACCCUUCGUUCUUUGUAUGCAGAGGACCAGCAACUCUUUAUCCGGGCUACCACCGAGCGUUUUAGCUCCAUGUCCCCAGAGAGAAUCACCGAAGUUAUCCGAGAGAUUCGAGAGCAGGGGCUAACUAGCGACAACGCGGCAUACCGUUUGCUCGUGAUCUACUUGGCAGUGGUCUCCCUUCAGCCAGUCGCAGACAAGACCAGCCCUGUUUCUCACGAGCUCUCAAAACUCGGCGUCUGUCUCGCAGACACUAUCCUCCACAGCACCUCUAUCGACCAAUUUUGCUUUGCGGCUGAGACAAUGGCCCUCCUUCUGCGAUUGCACACCCGUAGCAUGGCUCAGUGCAAUAUCGACGCCGUCCUCGCCGCCGUCGCCGGCUCUGCCUCCAGAGCCGGCCCGCAUAUCUCGCCCGAGUAUGCGCCGACCAUCUUCACGCGCCUCUGCCGGCUAAUGGGUAUAGUCCUGGGCCUCCAACGACUCAAGAUCGGCGGACGCUUCCACCUGAUCGUAAACGCAAUGCAGCGUCUGCUGGGUUGUCUCUUCGCCCGCUCACGUAAGCGCUCCCGGUCAUCGCGGAACCAGGCCACCCUCUCGCAGCCCUUCUGGCUCGCUCCCCUUGACGCCUCCCACACCACAAACUACACCCGCCUUCUCACCUCCCUCUGCGACCCAACCGUCUCGGCCGUGCUGCGCGUGCAGCCGGGCGCGUCGCGCGACGCGCUGACUGAUGAAACGAAGAAAGCAAAGCGCAUUGCUGGACAGUACUUGCAGUAUGUCAUCAUGGCGUAUGCGCAGUGCUCAUUGCGUGGAUCUUUGGUUCCAGAAGUAAAGGCCGCUCUUAUGCCUGGCAUGUAUGCCGCGCUGGAUGUUAUGUCACGAGACUUGAUGCGUGCCCUGAACUCUGGACUGGACAUUUCGGGUCGCGCGGUGUUCAAGUCUCUUUAUGAUGACUAUGUGAAGUUUGGAAAAUGGAACAAGGCUUGA